AUGGGACGUACCAAGAGAGCCCAGAUGACCCCCUCCACGCCGAGAACACAGGGGACCGGCUCGCACCCCUCCAUCCGCAGCUACCUCCACACACCAGGGGAUUUCCUCUCCCAGGAGGAGGCCUCCAACAUGGCGCCCUCCUCCCCGAGCUCCACGCUGUCGGAGGAAUACCCGCGCACUGACAGCAGCCGGCAAGCCCCACAGACACCAGACUGGUACACACUGUUCACGUCCCUGCCGAAAAAGGAGGACUUCCAGACACUACUGGAUGAGGUAAAAGCCACCCUGCGCACAGAGAUCUCAGCCCUAGGCACCUCACUCACAGCGCUUGAGACAAGGGUACAGGCACUAGAGACACAGGGCCCCAACCCACACUGCCCUGCUAUACAAGCUACAGAGGCCCACUCCAGGCACAUACAAGAUCUGCGCCUCCACAUAGAGGACCUUGAUAACCGCAGCCGCAGGCAUAACAUCAGGGUAAGAGGCUGCAGAGAAUCUGACACAACAGAAGACGCCAGGGCCACGCUGACCCCGAUUUUUAAUCGCAUACUGGGCAGACCCAGGGACGCCCGCAUCCACAUGGACAGGGCACACAGGGCACUAAGAUCCAAGCCCCCCCCGGGUGCUCCCCCCAGGGACUUAAUUUGCCACAUACCAGACUUCCAACUAAAGGAAGAAAUUAUGAGAAAAGCACGCACAGAAAGAACCUGGAGAAUAGAGGGACAGGCGAUAGAACUUUACAAUGACCUAUCCCACCUCACCCUACAGGCCCGAAGAGCCUUGCGGCCCCUCACCGCCGCCCUGCAAGACGCCCAAAUCCGCUACAGAUGGCAAUUUCCUUUCGCCCUCUCAGCCAGACAGGGCACCACAGAAGCAGUAAUUCGCACGCCGCAAGAUGUACUGGCCUUCCAGGAGGCUCUAAACCUCCCUCGCACCCCUAUUUCGGACUGGACUGCAUGCCCGCUUAAUGAACGCCUCACAGGGAGGCCAACACAACGUACCAUCCACCAGGGGCCCGACAGGGACGCCCCGCGCACCCAUCACCGACUAAUUGACCCUGAGGAAUAA